ACAACGAACAUCGAAGUUCAGGUGAUCCAGUUACAUCGUAUUGUAAAUGAGUUUCAUGAAUUUUUAUGAAUUACUCAAUUCAGUGUAUUGACACUGCGUAUAAUUUAUAAUUAUAAACUCCAUAACCUCCAUGCGUCUUACUCAUAAAAGAAAGUCGGAAAACAGAAAUGAUUAUAAUGAACAUAAAAGAUUAAGAAAUGGAAAAUAUAGAAAAAUACAGUGCAAGAGUAAAUACCAAUGAAUUACUUGCAUACCAACGAGAUUUAAAAAAAGAAAAAGAGCUUCUUCAAAACAUGUUAACAAAGAUUGAUGACCAAAUACACAGAUUACAGGUGGAGCAGCUUCAUUUAUUGGGAUUAGCGAAUAAAUCUUUGAAAGGUUCUGAACAGUCAGAUAAAUUGAUAAGCGAUGAUGAAGAAGAUCCUAUAAACAAAUCCUUAGAUUUAUCUGUAGCCCCAGCUUUCAAACAAUAUGAAGAAGAAAUAGAAGAUGAAGAUGACAUUUAAACAUA